CCCGCCGCGUAAUAACGUUCCCCCCGUGACACGCGGUGUGUUUGGGGAAAACGAAAGAAAAAGUGUCCUUCACGCCGACAACGUCGAAUUUGUAUCAUGACGAGGGCCGUGAGUUCGUCAGGUGGCAACGUAUGCUCUGCGUGAACGCACAACGGUGAUCAUGGAUCAGGUGAUUAUCUUGGUGUCGGUGAUCCACCUGCUGUACUGCCCGUUCACGAAAGUCGAGGAGAGCUUCAACCUGCAGGCGAUACACGAUGUCCUCUAUCACGGAUUCAAUUUGACGGAGUAUGAUCAUCAUGAAUUUCCUGGAGUUGUGCCGCGUUCUUUCUUGGGGCCUAUCGUCGUAUCUGGUUUCGCCUCACCAUUGGUGGCAUGUAUUAAUUACCUGAAGCUCAAUAAAUUUUUUGCUCAGUAUGUGGUAAGAGCAACAUUGGGACUGUUGGUAAUAACUACGCUCAAGCUGUAUAGGCACGCUUUAGAAAACAUCUUCGGAGUGCAGCUUACGAAGUGGUUCAUCUUCAUAACCGUGACACAGUAUCACUUUAUGUACUAUCUUAGUCGUCCACUGCCAAACAUCAUGGCUAUGCCUUUAGUAUUAGUGGCCUUGUUCGGAUGGCUGAGACAAAAUCACGUGUUGUUUAUCUGGUCGUCGGCUGCAGCAAUAAUAAUAUUCAGAGCGGAGCUCGCCAUACUUUUGGGACUGUUCCUUUUAUACAAUAUAGCGAGCCAGAAACUUUCCGUACAAAGACUACUUAAAAUUGCGGUUCCAGCUGGUGUAGUGUUCUUAGCACUUACUGUUACUAUAGAUUCAAUAUUCUGGAGACGCUUAGUGUGGCCAGAAGGCGAAGUAUUUUACUUUAACACUAUUCUCAAUAAGAGCGGCGAAUGGGGUACAUCGCCAUUUUUAUGGUAUUUUUAUUCAGCAUUGCCGAGAGGUCUGGCAACUUCAUAUUUUCUAAUUCCCGUUGGAAUGUUCUGGGAUGCUAGAGUUCGCGUGCUUACUGUUCCAGCUAUCAUAUUCGUCUUGUUAUUUUCGUUUUUACCACAUAAGGAAUUGAGAUUUAUAAUAUAUGUAUUCCCGUUGUUGAAUAUUGGCGCAGCUGCCGCUUGCCACAGAAUAUGGGAAAACAGAGCAAAAUCAACGUGGAAUAAUUUUCUAGCGUUAGCAGUCUUGGGUCAUCUUGCAUUAAAUGCCAUAUUCUCCAUGUUUCUAUUAUGUGUGGCCAGUUCUAAUUACCCUGGAGGUCUGGCAAUCGCUAGAUUACACAGACUUGAGAAGAAUUCUAUCGAGCCAGUGCAUGUGCAUAUUGAUGUGUUAACUGCACAAACUGGAGUAUCAAGAUUUACGCAGACCAAUUCUUCUUGGAUUUACUCGAAACAAGAGAACCUCACUAUUGAUGAUCCUGAAAUGCUACAGUUUACUCACCUCUUAAUCGAAGGAAAAAGCAAAUAUUCGCAGAAUAUAAAGCCCUAUCUCAGUACACAUAAUAUCAUUGAGUUUAUCGAUGCAUUUUCGCAUAUAACAUUAAAUUAUAACAUGUUACCACCUAUUAGAAUUAAAACAAAGCCUAGUAUAUUUAUUUUGAAAAGAAAAUUGAAUAUUAAAUAUGACCCUGAUGAAGCAAGAUCACGUAUGUCUGUAAAAGAUUUUGUAAACCAGGUAAACGAUACAAAAAAUAUAAAACUGAGCACGUCAUUUGAAGAAGAAAUAGUUGACCAACUUGUAGACUCAAAAAUAGAUGAGAAGGUAAAACAAACUGUUGAACGAAAUUUUUCGGAUGUUGAAGUGGCUACAAAAGAAAAUGAUACAAUGGAGGAACAAGUAGAAAUGCCUGAUGAUUUGGUAGAUGAAAACGCAUUUAUAAAAAAUACUACCACAUGGGAAAGUGUAAAUAAAUUAUCGUCGAAUUCAAGAGAUAAAAAUGAAGAAAAUAUUGAUUCUCAGGAAGAUUUUGAACAUGUUUCUAACAUUAUUGAUGCCAAAUCUGACAAAAAAAUAAAGAUCGAAGAAGAGAGUGUUAAGGAAAAGUCUAAAAACAAUAUGAAUGUACGGAAAAUUCAAGAAACUUAUGGUGUUAAAAAAACUGUUAAAAGAAUGAUUCAGGAAAAGAUGUUAGAAGCUAAACAGAAAAAAGAGAUCGAGGAUGAACGAAAUAAUAUAACACUUCCAGUAAAACGAAUGAAGAAGAAAGGAGUAACAGAUUUGUUUAAAAAGAUAAACACAUUGAAACAGGAAUUAAAGGAGUCAGCGACCGUUACAGACAGAACACCAAUCGAAGAGGAACUUAAGGAAGAACACGUAAAAGAUGAUGAAUUUAGUGAACAGGAAUCAGUUGCCCAAAAAGAAGAUGAGAUCAAGGAAAUAAAAUCAGAUGAUCUAGAACAAUCUGAAAAUAUAACGGAAGAAGAAGACGAAAUUGUGGAUGUAAAAGUAGAUGCGGAAAAGCUUGCAAAGUUACAAAAUAAAGUUGACGCAGAGUUAUUUGAAACUGAUGUGGAAAUGAUCGAGGAAGAAGCUAAAGAAGAGAACAUUAGAGGCAAUAGAACCAUCAAUAAGUACACCCAAGCAAUCAAUGUACGAGAAAGGAUAAGAAAUAUAAUAAAUCAGUUUAAGGAAUUUGAGAAAGAGUUCAUACACGAUGAUACUGAUACAACGGCGAGUGAUAUGAGCGGUACAAAUCACGUUGAGGGCGAUUCGCGCACGGAAACGGAUUAUUCUGCAAAAGGUGACGGUCAGGUGAAAAAAGAUAGUAGGGAAACUCUCAAGGAAAUAAUAGAUCAAGUUAAGUAUCUCAAGCGUGAAUUAACUUCAGAGGAGGACGAUCAAUUCGAUGAGAUCGUAGCUAAGUACAUGGAACGGCCGAUCGAUGAGAUAUUAGCACAACUUCUCGAGGCUCUGAAGGCUUUAAUGCAACGAAGGAAAGAGACCUCGGAGAAGGAAUAUGCGAACAACUUGCACGAGAACAGGGAUACUUAUACGUCAGAAAGUAAAAGAAAAUCGGCUGCGGACGAGUCCAAUAUAAAUUCAAAUGACGUAAAUGUUCCAGUGAGAAGGAAGGCUCACAGAAAAAUACUGAGAAUACAGAAGAAUGAGGUAUAGGAAAUUUUAUUUAAAAUGUUUCACAGGUAAUUUUAUCGAAUGUUACUAGCGGAACACGUGUGUAAUAUUGUAACAUAAUAUUGUAAAUACGUUUUUUUCUGUGAUAUCAAGAAAUAUUGUACUUUUUAAUGUACACGCUCGCGCAUUAUCAAGUUGGAAAGCGUAAAAUUGACUUUUCUAUGUGCUUAUGCGCGAUAUUUAUGAUAGCGAGAACAGUCUGAAGGAAAUACUAUACAAUUUUUCAUGUUACAUACGUAUCAUAAAUAUGAUUUAAAUUUUUAUGGAAUUGUGCAAAAUUAUGCCAAAUAUGCCAAAAAAAAAGUUAGUUAUGUACAGUAAACAAAGUUGCAAGGAUAUAUUUUUGUAGCUAUGGCUUUACAUUUGUAUUCGUUGUAUUUUACAUUAUAAUUGCGGACAUUCACGUCCAUAAGUUGUUAACAUUAUACUGUUAUGAGUUGUACUGUUGUCUUUUCACAUCGAUUUUUGCAUUUAGUAUUGCUUAAAUAUAGAAAUUUCCGAUAACGGUAUGUCGCAUCACACUUGUGGCAAAUUAGAUGUUAAAUUUAGAGUGAGGUUGAAAUUGAAAUGAAUUGUAAAUUUCUACGUUCCGUCGCGCGGAGAAUUCGUUGUACAAUAUCUAACAGACUGAUGAAUAAUUUCCAUAUCGACGCCUGCAGAGAGUAAUCGAGUGCCUUAUUAAAUCUUUUCCAAAGUUAGGGAACGAUACUGAACACAUAAAUAUACGUAAAUGCAUAUGACAUAUGUAGUGCAGCGUGUGUAUGUAUGCGUGCGUAAUAUAUUAGAUGUAUCGAGAUGUUUUACAUAAAGUGAAGUUGUUUGA